AUGGCUGGCUCGGGCAAUCGGUCUCGGCAACGCAUGAGUGGCGAGUCCCUCAUCUGCACUGUGAGUGUGGUGGGACAGGAUAGGCUCAGCGUUCCAAAGGACGGCCUCUGCGACUUCCUGUUCUACGACUCUCUCUACCGCCCGCAAGGCGACACUCUGAUUAAGCAGCCGAGCGCGCAGCUGGACAUGUUCCUGAGUACCGCCGCCAUCUCCAAAAGGACGGACCACGGCUGCUCUGUGGAUAUAAACAACGUGCGAGCCUUCAGCCACCACCUGCUCGUGAAGAGGGGGAGGAAGAAAAUUAAAGAAAUGGGCGACCAGAACAUCCUCGACUACGGCUUCCUAACAUUGGAUUAUUCACGGUCGUCCCGACUGAACAUCCAAAAAGCUCUGAGUGCCCUCAAGGCCGUGACGCGAAUAGUCAAGGAGGUGACAGGCAAGACCGGCUUCACGGUGCUGGGCCUCUACAGCAAGGUCCAGACCACUUGCCAGACAAUUUCCGAUGUAACCGGGCAAGGGUUCAAACCAUCGGCAAUAGUAAUCUUGGGCCACAUCUCCUACUACGAUCGGCGCGUUCACGGAUGCCGCAUCCUUCCGCCAAAUCUGUACGGCGUUCAGCGAGACGUGCUGAAAGAUAUUGGCUACGGCCACUUAUUCGAAGACGGUGUAGCACUGGGUCGGUGCAUAGAGGAGAAAAUCAAGUCCAAGGCUAACAUACCCGUGAAGGUCUCGAUGACUCUCAAGGGGCGCCGCUACAAAGCCAAGGCGGAAAGAGACCCAACGUUUGUCGGCAUCGGAAACUUCGACCUGCUACGCAAAUGCGGCCGGCCUAAACGGGAUCCGGAAUACGAGCAAGACGCUCCAGCAGUCCGGGUUUGCGAACAAUCCGAGCAUUAUAAGAAGAACAUAAAUUUCAGUGAGCAAUACCAGAGCGUGGUCACGUACGACAAGUUGAAAGGAGACACGAUCACCUUCGACAAUGAGGCCUCCCUUCGUAAGAAAGUCUGCGACGCCACAGCGUCGCACGGUUCGUUCUCUGUCGCCGCCUACGAUGUCAACUACGACCGAGGCAGAUCCUUUUGUGGCAUGUGGGGCGCCAUGGGCCACUUCUCUCGGCUCAAACUCAUCCGCAAGCUGAAUGCUUUCAUGCGUGGCGAGGACGCUGGUGACGACGUCAACUGUAAAAGCGACGGCGAUAACUCGCGGUGA